GGCCCGGGGGAGAGCGGGGGGCGGGGCCGGACCGGACCGGACCUCACCGUCCCCCGGGCCCGCAGGUCCUCCCGGGCCCGCGCCAUGCUCUGACCGACCAUGCUGGUGGCGGCCUACCUGUCCCUGGCCGUGCUGCUGGCCUCCUGCCUGGGCCUGGAGCUGUGGGCCUGCGGGGCCCGGCCCCCCGGCCCGCCCGGCGGCAACCCGGCCUUCGUCCGCUUCCAGCGGGGCUUCUUCCGGGUGUACUUCCCGGCUCUGGCGGCGGACUGGCUCCAGGCCCCUUACCUCUACAAGCUGUACCGGCACUACCGCUUCCUGGAGGGCCAGAUCGCCAUCCUGUACGUCUGCGGCCUGGCCAGCGCCGUCCUCUUCGGCCUGGUGUCCGGCCCGCUGGCGGACCGGCUGGGCCGCCGCCGGGCCUGCGUCCUCUCGUCCCUGACGGCGGCGGCCUGCUGCCUGACCAAGCUGUCCCGCGACUACUUCGUGCUGCUGCUGGGCCGGGCGCUGGGCGGCCUGGCCUCGGCCCUGCUGGGCUCGGCCUUCGAGGCCUGGUACGUGCACGAGCACCUGGAGCGGCACGACUUCCCGCCCGACUGGGUGCCCGCCACCUUCGCCCGGGCCGCCUUCUGGAACCACGUCCUGGCCGUGGGGGCCGGGCUGGCGGCCGAGGCGGCGGCCGGCGGGCUGGGCCUGGGGCCCGCGGCGCCCUUCGUGGCGGCCGUCCCCCUGCUGGCCCUGGCCGGGGGCCUGGCCCUGCGGGACUGGGACGAGAGCCACGGCCGGCCCCGGCCCUUCUCCCGCACCUGCCUGGGGGGCCUGCGCUGCGUCCUGGCGGACCGCCGCGUCCUGCUCCUGGGGACGGUCCAGGCGCUGUUCGAGAGCGUCGUCUACAUCUUCGUCUUCCUCUGGACGCCCGUCCUGGACCCCCACGGGGCCCCGCUGGGCGUCGUCUUCUCCGGCUUCAUGGCGGCCGGCCUGCUGGGCGCCUCGCUCUACCGGGCGGCCACCUCCAAGCGCUACCACCUGCAGCCGGUCCACCUGCUCUCGCUGGCCGUGCUCCUGGUGGUCUUCUCGCUGCUCAUGCUCAGCUUCUCCACCAGCCCCGGCCAGGAGCGGCCCGCCGAGUCCCUGGUGGCCUUCCUGCUCAUCGAGCUGGCCUGCGGCCUCUACUUCCCCUCCGUGGGCUUCCUGCGCCGGAAGGUGAUCCCCGAGGCGGAGCGGGCCGGGGUGCUGAACUGGUUCCGGGUCCCCCUGCACCUCCUGGCCUGCCUGGGCCUCCUGGUCCUCCACGGCAGCGACGGCGGGACGGGCACCUGCCACAUGUUCGCCGCCUGCGCCGGCGUCAUGGGGCUGGCGCUGCUGGCCGUCGUCGGGCUCUUCACCCUGGUGCGCCACGACGCCGAGAUGAGGGUGGUCCCGCCCGCCGGGGAGCCCUGCGCCCCCGAGCUCUGAGCCGCCCGGGACCCCGGGGGGGGCCGCGGGGCGGACCGGCGGGCGCGGGGGAGGGCCCGCCGCGCCCCGCCCCCUCCCGCGGAAUCCCGUUUUCCAAUAAACCGUUGCGACCGCA